AUGGCCAUUCUGGGGAUCCGAAUCCCAUACAGAUUACCAGCAUGGGAGGAAAACAACGCAUAUGACGCACUUCUCCAGAGGCACAGCCACUGUGAUGCCAGCGAAUGCCUGUACCAUGGAGGCAGAGAGCAGGCCGAGAGCAGUGGGCCCUGGCAGCUGCUCCUGUGCAGCUCCUGCGCUGCUGAGGGCACCCACCGACAGUGCUCCCACUUGAAUGACACCACAGCCAUGUGGGAGUGCAACAGCUGUGCUGGCCUGCGUACCGCCUCCAGUGCCAACACCGAGCUUGCUGGGCCCUGCACUGCCAGUGAGAGGGCUCCGGGACCAUCCAGCAGCUCCAUGGAGCCUGAGACCUUGGGCUCCAUGCCCGCCAGCCAGGCAGCACUGGGGACGACAUCACAGAGUUCCCAGCUGCCUGAGCACAGCGACCUGCCCAGGGCGGAGGGCAUCAGGGUCCUCCAGGGCGUCCCCGGCAGCUGCUCGCAGGAGACGUCCCAGGCAGCGCGGAAGAAGCCGCACACGAAGCCGCUCCCCGCUGCGAGGUCGGGCCCCGAGUUCCCGGAGCCGGCCAAGAAGACGCCGUGGCAGCCGGCAAACGCCAGCCCCAGGGCAGCGGAGCGGCACCCGGUCAAGGUCUGCCACUUCGAGAUCCCCGAGGGCUUCCAGAGUGCCCGGACGCAGGGGACCGUCCAGGCAGCGACGGCGCACCCGCACCCGCAGCCCUCCUCCGCAGAGACGUCGGGCUCAAAAUUCCCGCAGCUCACGCCAAGGAGGCAGCAGGACGCGGGCUCAACGGCGGAGGACAUCGCGGGAAUGAAGCUGCUCCCAGGAACAACUUCAGAGACAAAGUCCCCACACACAGCCCCCAAGUCUGCGUAG